AUGGAUACAUACGCAAAAACAAAUCGCCGAAUAUUCCGAAAUAAGGAAAAUUUUCGACGUUACGUAGGCGUGAGUUUCCCCGCAUGCGCCCGACCCUUCGGCACAACAAGAAAACAGCGACAGCAUCCAUCUAGAACGAAGGACCGUUUUCCUCUCAGUUUGGCGAGUUCUUCGCGGUGGUUUUCGACGGGGGUGAUCGGUUGGCCAGCUUCGCUCGGCCUGGGACACGCUUCCAGAUUUACGGCUGGGGUUGACAUUUACAUAGAGGAGACCCACCCUAAAGGCAAAUGCAAUGGAAACAAUUCGUUGAGCAUACCGUCUCCUACCUACACCGCCCACAAAGGUGCAGCGAGGCAGAUGUACGGAUCGGGUUCCUUGAGACCUCCCGGACCUCCGGGACCUCCAGGACCUCCUGCAGGCCAAAAAUCCGUCAUCUACGCCACCGGGCAACGGCACAAAGGAGUACGCACCACUUUGUCCCCGCAAAUCGAAAAUCCGCCGGAGUAUGUGUACGUGCCGUACCCGUUGUUCCCCAUACCCCUCAAAGCCGACGAAUUCCUACCCAUGAUCAAAGGCAAGUCCACUCCGCAGACAUCCUAUGCUACCUGGUACGGCGGUAGACUGGAGUACCCCAACGGUAGACCGGUGCACGGCUUGGCGAAUUACCACUACCCGAACGAUUUCGGAUUCCUGCUCGGAAAGGACAACUUCGGCAGAUCGACGUAUUUCGAUAGGAAGAAUUUCGUGCAGCACAACGACGAAGACGACGAAUACGUCGAUGGUUAUGCGACAUCGAAGCCGCAAGAUGAAUCCGACGGGCUUGGAAACCAAUUAGGCACUCACCCGAGGACGCCUUCCUGCCAAAAGAAGUGCAAGAAGGACGAGUUUCUGUGUCAUAGGACGUGUGUUUGUAUUCACGAAGAAUUAAGAUGUGAUGGGAAAAGCGACUGUGAUGGUAACGAAGACGAAGUAAAUUGCGAAACUAUUGAGCACCACGUAAAGUGCGAUGAAACUAAGGAUUAUUUAUUAUGCCCUAAAACUAAGAUAUGCAUUUCAAAAGACUGGCUUUGUGAUGGCGAUGACGAUUGUGGCGAUUUUUCUGAUGAGACUCAUUGCGGCUUUAUAAUGAAUUGUACAAACGAUCAAUUUCAAUGCGAAAACGGUUUAUGCAUUCCACAAACUUGGGUAUGCGAUAACGACAACGACUGCAGGGACUUCUCCGACGAAGUAAAUUGUACUAUUUCAGGUUGUGCAGAACAUGAAUUCGAAUGCUCGGAUUCCACGUGCAUUUCUAUGGCUUGGAAAUGCGACAAACAAGUCGACUGUUCAGACGAAUCCGACGAAAGUGACUGUGAUAUUAUCCCGCCGUAUUGUAACGAAGAGGAAUUUCAAUGUAACAGUAGAAAAUGCAUUAAAAAACAAUUCAAAUGCGACGGUGAUAAUGACUGCGUUGAUUGGAGCGAUGAAGACGAUUGUCCCAGCAUACCCGGAAAUUGCGCAUCCGGGGAAUUUAAGUGCAAAAGCGGUAAAUGCAUUCCAGCAAGAUACGAAUGCGACAAGGAGCAAGACUGCGAAGAUAACGAAGAUGAAGACGAAGCGCAUUGCAACUAUAACGUCACUAAAACUUGUGCCCCUGACGAAUUCACCUGCGAUAAUGGCGCUUGCAUACUACAAACUUGGGUGUGCGAUGGAUUGGAUGACUGUUCGCAAGGAGAAGACGAAGAUGACACCAAAUGCGAAAUAGUUUGCAACGAAUUCAAAUUCCCCUGCAGCGGAUUGGACCCGAACGACAACAAAACCGAGUCCUGCAUUAAUGUGAAGCACAGAUGCGACGGCCAGAAGGACUGUCCGAAAGGAGAAGACGAGAUGCAUUGUCCUUCUAAAAGGGAAUGCGAAAGGCACACCAAAUGCCAGCAAUUAUGCAUUACGACUGCUGACGGUAAACAAGGAUGUUCCUGUUUAAACGGCUACCAAGUUUCCAGUGAUGGAUACAGUUGUGACGAUAUCAAUGAGUGUUUGUAUGCAACUGAUCCUGUAUGCUCACAAACAUGCACUAAUACUGUAGGAAGUUUCAAAUGCGAUUGUAUGACGGGAUACGUUUUGAGACCGGAUUUAAGAACUUGUAAAGCAAUGGGAGCUCCACCGACUUUAAUCUUCGCUAAUAGAGUUGAUAUAAGAGAGGUUUCAUUGAGCAACUCUAAAUAUACUGCUCUACUUAGGGGUCUGCACAACGCAAUAUCCCUCGACUUUCAUUACGAAAAAGGAUACAUAUUUUGGACCGACGUCUCGAUGUCGGUGAUAAGAAGAGCUUUCAUAAAUGGAACUGGAAUAAUAGAUAUUGUCAAAUCAGGAUUGGAGUCUCCGGGUGGUAUCGCCCUCGACUGGAUACACGACUUGAUAUUCUGGACCGAUUCCGGCACUCGACGAAUCGAAGUAGCUUCGUUGGACGGCGAGCAAAGAUCCAUCAUCGCCGCGAGCGAAGUCGAUAAACCUCGAGCGAUCGCCGUGCAUCCCGGAGAAGGAAUCGUCUUCUGGACCAACUGGGGCCCGAACCCGAAAAUAGAGCGCUGCGAAAUGGAAGGCAUCAACAGAAAGAGCAUCAUCACCGAAUCGGUCUUCUGGCCCAACGGUCUAACCAUCGACUACACCGCCAACCAGAUAUACUGGGCUGACGCGAAACACAACGUAAUAGAAACCUCCAAUUUCGACGGAUCCAGCAGAAGGAAAGUCCUGAGCAAAGGUUUACCGCACCCGUUCGCUCUCACGAUCUUCGAGGACGCCUUGUUCUGGACCGACUGGCACACGAAAUCCAUUACCACCGCCAAUAAAAUCACUGGGGCUGGUUUGCGCCUGCUGCACACCCAGCUCUACUUCCCGAUGGACAUUCACGUCUACCACCCGCAGCGACAGCCCAAAUACAGGAACCACUGCGGCGACAACAACGGCGGUUGCGCUCACAUGUGCUUGCCCAACAGGAAUUCCUUCACUUGCGUGUGCAAGCUGGGCCAGAAGUUGAGAGCCGACCAAAAGUCCUGCCAGAAGCCGGACACGUUCUUGCUGUUUGCGAGGAAGAAAGAUCUGCGGAUGAAGUAUAUGGACGGGAGCUACCAGCACCAGUACGAAAUGGUUAUUCCGAUCGAUGGGAUAAAAUCGGCGGUUGCAGUCUCUUGGGACUCCAAAAAGGAUUUUAUUUACUGGUCCGACGUUGAAAAGGGCUCGAUUAAUCGCGCUUUUUGGAAUGGAACAUUCCAAGAAGUCAUUAUUCAUCAAAACAUAAUGUCUCCUGCUGGAAUAUCAUAUGAUUGGGCCACCGACAAAAUCUACUGGACCGAUGGCAUAACAGAUAGAAUCGAAGUUGCUCAGUCUGACGGAAAGAUGCGCUCGCUGUUAAUUUGGGAGGAUUUGGACAAACCUCGAGAUAUCGUCGUCGAUCCUGAAGGUGGUUUGAUGUUUUGGUCUCAAUGGGGCGAACGAGCCAAAAUCGAACGUGCUAACAUGGACGGCACGAAUAGGCUCAUCAUUGCUAACACAAACCUGACUUAUCCGAACGGUCUGGCCGUAGACCAUCUUUCCAAUAAGAUUUAUUGGGUUGAUGGAGGCAUCGGAAGGAUAGAAUUCGCCACUCUGGACGGUUCUAACAGAAAAGUUUUAUUGGGAGAAGGCAGCGUGAAGCACCCCUUCGGAUUGGACAUAUUCGGAAACUACGUUUAUUGGACGGACUGGAAAACCCAGAGCAUCGAACGUGCCAAUAAAUUCACGGGGCAAAAUCGCACGGUACUUACCACCAAUAUGAACGAUCUCAUGGACGUGAGGGUCUUCCACAGAAACAGAAAAUACUUCAAGCAUUCUUGCAGUAUGAACAACGGAGGUUGUUCCCAUCUUUGCUUGUUGAAAGCCAAAGGCCACUCUUGCGGUUGUCCCACAGGAAUCACAUUAGGAAAGGACGGUAAAACGUGCGAAAAGGGUCCUGUUAAUUACCUGAUAUUCGCCCAUAGAAUGGACAUUCGUCAAAUAUCCUUGGACGUGCCCUACAUGGCGGAUGUUGUGCUACCUUUUCCGAAGCUGAAAAUGGCUUCAUCAGUCGACGUUGAUCGAAAAACCGGAGAGAUCUAUUGGACAGACACAGCGGAAGAUGUCAUACAAAAAUCUACACCGGAUGGAAAAUCGAUGGAAGUCAUUAUUAUGCAUGAAUUGGAAACGCCGGAAGGAAUUGCCAUCGAUUCAACAGGAAGAAAGAUGUAUUGGACUGACGUAAAACGAAACAGCAUCGAAGUAGCUGAAUUAGACGGCAGGCACAGAAAAAUCCUCUUCCACCGCAAUAUAAACAACCCUAGAGCAAUUACAUUACAUUACCACCACGGUCUAAUGUUCUGGUCGGAUUGGGGAGACGAGGGCAAAAUCGAGGUGGCUUCCAUGGAUGGAACAGGAAGGAAAGUACUGGUAUCCAAAGAUUUGCAGUGGCCCAACGGUUUGGCGAUCGACCGGCCGGAGAAUCGACUGUAUUGGAACGACGCCAAGCUCGGCACCAUCGAAUCCAGCAACCUCAACGGCAAAGACAGACGGAAGAUCCUGAGCGACGUCUCCCACCCGUACGGCCUCGUCGUAGUGGGAAACCACAUCUACUGGACCGACUGGGAGGAGCGGGCGCUCAACAGAGCCGACAAAAUCACCGGCAAAGACAAAACCAUCAUUCGCGGCAAACUGGACGGGCUGAUGGACGUCCGAUCGGUGCAAAGCGACAACACCGCCGAGAACGCCUGCGGCACGGACAACGGCGGUUGUUCGCAUUUGUGCCUUCGAAAUUCGGCGUCCUUCACCUGCGCUUGUCCCACGGGCCUGAGCAAAUCCAAAACGAACGACAAGCAUUGCGAGCUCAUACCAGAAACGUUCCUGCUGAUCGCCACUCGAUACGCUUUGAACCAAGUGAGUUUGGAUACUGACGAUGCCUGGGACGUUACUCUUCCGGUGAACGAGAUCGAGAACGCGAUCGAUGUGGAUUUCCAUUGGGAGAAGAAGCUGUACUAUUACACCGACAUCGAGAAGAACGUGAUAGCCAGCGUGUCCAUGUACAAUUUGUCCGAUGUGAAGACCAUAAUCAGCGAAAAUUUGUCCAGUCCCGAUGGAUUGGCCGUCGAUUGGGUGGGCAACAACAUCUACUGGACAAACACCGGUAAUAGAGUCAUCGAAGUGGCUAGAUUGGAUGGAUCGCAUCGAAAAACGCUCAUCGACAAAUACUUGACCGAUCCCAGGUCUAUAGCGGUGUUUCCCAAAAAGGGUUUCCUCUUUUGGAGCGACUGGGGAAUACCAAAAAUAGAAAGGUCGCAUUUGGACGGCUCCAACAGAAGACCGUUGAUAACCAGCAAGAUUAAAUUUCCCAUCGGGCUCAGCAUCGAUUACGACAAGAGGAGGAUUUACUGGAUCGAUGCUAAAAUGAACGAGGAGAAAAUCGAAACUACCGAUCUGCAUGGAAACAACAGAGUUAUGCUCAAUAUCCAAUCUACUCAUCCGUUUUCAUUGACAGUUCACGAGGAAUACUUAUACUGGACUGAUUGGGUGAAGAAAACAGUGAAACGCGCCGAAAAGAACACCGGCCAGGACGCGGUGAUCCUCAGACCCCAAUUAGACUCCGCCAUGGGAAUCACCAUGGUGUCGGGUAAAAGACAGCAAGGAUGGAAUCCUUGUUCUAUGGAUAACGGUGGUUGUACUCACCUAUGCUUAUUUAGGCACAAGAAUUACACCUGCGCAUGUCCAGACAAGCACGAUCCCACUUGUAAAACAGAACCGAAGCAAGUAAUAUCAUCGAAAUGCCCCAACAAAGGUAACAGCAACUGCGACGAAGAGGAGGACCUCGACGACUACGACUAUUACUUCCAUCGCAUCGAUACGCCCAAAAUCGACAACGACUAUUCGUUCCCGUCGAUGGGCAAUUCCAAGUACUACAUUAUGACGCUGGCGCCGAUGCUCUUCCUGAUACUGCUGUGCAUCACGCUGGUGGUGAUCCUGCUGGUGAAGAAGGGCAAGAAGAAAUACACCUACGGCGCGAGCCGGAGCUUCUCCAAUCCGAAUUACUACUCGCCCAACGGCGAUUCCAACGCCGUUCCGAAUAACGGAAAGUUCAUCUGGAAGCGGCUCAAAUACGACAAGACUCAGGAGAGGGUAUACGAGGAAACGGUGGGAGCGGGCAGCACGGAGAUCUCCAGCCUGAUUCCCACGAUUCUGACGCCGUGCAGUUCGAAUUGCGAAACCGUGACGCCGGACGUGGAGCGAUCCCCGUCGAUAACGCCGUUGCACAAGGUCGACGUGAACGAAACAGUUUCUUAAAUAUCUUAGUGUAAUUUGCGAAAGUCACCUCUACAACUGAAAAUUACCUACCUAUGCGAGCGUAUGUAGAUACAAAAAGUCAAAUUAAGGUGACUGACAAUAAAAUUGUAAUAAUAAUUAAGGAACUAUUUUCCGAUGUAAAGGGUUUGUACUAAUCGUAACGUGGACAUCCGCGCACGACAGACGAAUUAAAUCAGAGCAGUCGAAGCUGAAAGGAGGAAAUUUGUUGUGGAAGAAACUGUAACGUAUACAUGAUCUAUGUGUACCUGUCGUUUACGGUUAUCCAACAGGAAUACUACCAGUAAAGGAUAUUUAUGUUUACAUAUUUUAUUCUUAAAAAAUUCGCGUGUACUGUACUAGCUCUGGUAAUACAUAUAAAAAAAUGUUGUAAACUAAGAAAAACCAUAAAUCUAUAACUGAUUAAAAAAAUACUUUGCUAUUAUUACAUUGCACUAUUUCAUAUUUUUCUAAUUACUUUAGAUGUAGUGACAUAUCAACAAGAUUGUUCGACAGUCCUUGAUUGUUAACAAAAAUUAUAUUAUACUACUGUACAAUUCGUUAAAAUGUGUAAUAACAGAGAAAUAUGAGAGUAACUCAAACUCUGCUCUAUUUUUUAAUAAAGGGUUAACUUGUAAGUGUGGAAAAAACAAUUAGUUAAAACGGAAGGAUCGAAUGAAAAUCUAAUAGUAAAUUGGAAUGGAACCAACUGUAAUGUUAACAAAUAACCAUUAAAUCGAUAAUACAUUAAAUUAUUAUUGAAAGUUUUUGUCAACAAUUACGAAAAAGAAAGUUUUUUUUUGAACAGGGAAGGUUUAUGGUUUUUUUUCGAAUAAUUUGGAAGAUUAAUUUAGCCCCAGAACAAGUUCAAUGGUUAUUAUAAAGUAAACUGUUGUUAAUUAUCCAAUUACCGUUAAUAUUAGUGUAUUUAAUAAAUGUUAACUACAUAUCUCGUUGACAAAAUAAUUGUUUAUGCAUAUUCAAAAUUAUAACUAACAUAUGGAAAUGUUUUAUAUGUAAUUCCAUAUCACGUUUCCUAUGAAUAUUUCCGUGAAAAAUAACUGUUCAAAUGUUUCGAGAAUAUUUGUUUUUAGGUAAUUUACCUGCUCAUGGAUGUAAGUUGUAUGAUACUUAAAGAUAUUUUUUAUAAAAGAAGUCAAAAAAAUAAGACUGAAUGAUAGAUGAGGAUGAACACAGAAAAAUGUAGUUAAAUAUGUUGUUUAUUACAAAAUAUUUAGGUACUAUGUUAAAGCGUUUGGAUCAUAAGUUAUAAAGAAUCUUGUAUAUAUUUGCCAGAAAUAUAUCCGCUAAAAAAUCCAAGGAUCGAAUAUAAUAUAUUAACUAAAUAAAUAUUUAUAUUGUUAAUUGCUAAACAAUUUUAAUUGUUGUUAUAUAUUUUAUUAAAAGGUAUAAAUGUUUAUAAGACGUGCUUGAAAAGUUUGUAGGCAUAUGGAAUUUAUUCAACUCGUAUACUUUUAUACAAAAAUAGAAAAUAUAUUUUUUUAGUAAUUAUUUUAUAUGAAUAUGUUUCUAAUAUUAAUUAGUAGAUACGACUAUAAUAGUUCUUUUUAGGAUAAAGUGGGUUUUUUAGCGGAUAUUUCACAAGUACUUUCUUCUAAUGGCUCAAGAAGAUAAUACUCGGUGCGAUUGAUUAAAACUUACAUAAAAUUUAACAUUUUUUACACGUCAUUUGCUAUUACAAAAAACGUACUCCGUAUGCUUAGACUGGAUAAUAAAACUCUUCGAAAAACCUUUAAAAUCAAUCAACAAUUUUUAGAAAUUUUAAUUUACUUGAAAGAUUAUACUGAUUGCGAUUACCGAUAAUGUAUAAGUAGCUAAGUAUGAUCAAUUUUAAUUUAUUAUUCAUCACUUAAUGUUGCCUAGAUUAUUUUUAAUAAAACUGUAGAUUUGUAAUAUUUACGAACAGUUUUAUUAUGCUUUUAAACUAAGCGUACAAACUUCCUUUUUGAAAAAGCUCUAUUUUAAUUUUUCUAAUAUUUACUACACAAUUAAAUUAUUAAAUCAAUUAAUUUUUGUUUUAUGCGGAACUAACAUUGUUGCCUACUUCAUUGUACUAAAAAUUAUUGUAAGUCGCUCGGUAAACUAAUUUUGAAUAUUCUAGUCUUCUGUAGUCAAUUAAUUAAAGGUAUAAUACCUUAUGGUACUACCGAAAAUACCUAUUUUCUUUUUUCCAAGCACUGUUUUGAUAUUAGAAUUUACAUAAUUACAAAUUUUAUAGAUAAUAAUCGAAAUUAUAUCAAUACAAUUAAAUUUUAUUAUUCGAAUUAUUGUCUCUAUAAAUUUAACACAUUCGCUUAUAUUAUGCACCUCACUUUUCCAAUAUUUUACCUCACAUUCCAAUAUUUUACAAUUAAUUGGCUACAGAUCCAAGAUGUAAGUAUCAUUAGAUGAGCGAGAGUAAAAUUAUUUGAUUAUAAAAUAUAAUUUUAUAAAAUUUUAAACUAACAAUAAGAAAAAUUCUUUAGUAUACUCUAUUAUAAUAAAUGUUUUUCAGAAUGUUACGAUAUAUUUAUAGAUAUUUAUGUUAAUAUAUGGACAACAAUCAUGUACUCUGUAAUAUCAUGAGUCUUGUCAGAAGCCUCCGG